AUGGUCCAAGCUAAGAUUAUUACUGUAGCUUUGGCUGCUUGCUUUUUUGAAAGUGUCUAUGCUGGUGCUUGCAAACCUAGAUCAUCAUUGUCUACCGAGGGUCAACCCAUCUCGAGCACUGUCGCUUCUGGUGCUUCGAGCAUUGCGACCGAAACAUCAACCAUGGCGGAGACUUUCACAACAGCUGAGACAUCUACCCUUGCCAUCACCACCACCUCUCAAUUCCUCGAGCCGUCAUCUACCACUUCCGAUUCGUCCACCACGACCACUGCAGCACCAGCUGAUCCCGUCUGUGGUCAACAUGGUACAUGCUCUCCUGCUAGCGAUGGCUGCAGAAGUCGCAUCGCCUCGAACUCUGCACUCUAUCUUGGAGAAUGUCAAGAUAUUUGCCGCGCCGACGCCAAUUGCAAGUCUAUAAUAUACGACACCCAGAAUGGGAAUUGCUUCCUCAACGCCAAUAUUGCUCAAGACUCGGGAUUCUACCAACAAUCCUCCCCACGGGUUGAGUGGUACGACAACGCUUGCGAUAUUGAGAAGCGCGAGCCUGACCCCAUCUGCGGUGCUUAUGGAGAGUGCAAUCAGAGCAAAUGCCAGCCUAUGGCUGUUUCGGGCUUCUAUACAGCCGAGACCUGCCAGCAGUCAUGCGCUAGCGACCCCAACUGCGGAUCUUUCAUCUUUUUCCCUUCUUUCCAAGGUUGCUAUACUCUUGAAAAGUCUCUGUUCAAGUCUGGGUUCUACGAAAAGCAGACAUCUAUUGGCCUGUGGUUUGACCGCGCCUGCAACGUCCAGGUGGCUGAGCCAGUGAAACUCUAG